ACAGCGGCAGCUGUUGGUGUUGUGCAGUCGUCCAGCACAACGGUUCUGCGGACCAUCAUGUCUAAGAUGGUUGGACAAGGAGAACAAGGUAGCUUGUUCGGCCUGACGUCCUUUGCGAACAGCCUGUCCGGUGUGGCGUUCGCCCCCCUGUGGAACUUGGUGUACGCCAGCACCAUCCCCAUCAUGCCGGGUAUGAUCUUCCUCAUCUUUGCCGGGGUGAACCUGUUGUGUGCCAUCCUGGCCGGGAUUGUGAAGUUCAACGUGCCAGAAAUGGUGGAAGGAACCCCCGUCGACAAGCACCUCAGCACCUUAGCACCUGUGGACAAGGAUAAGAAAGAAAACAUGACCAAGUUGUAAAUCUCCAGUCCUGUUACUGCCAGCGAUAAUCACUGCACCGUAGUAAAGGUUACAGUAUGGAUGUACGGGGUAGCCAUGUACAGGUUACACAUAUUCAUGUUUCAGGGAACAUAUUGUUUUAUCUUUCAUCAGUGUGCUUUUCGUCUUCUUCUUCUGUCGUGAAUCUAUCAGAGCUUAGAACUGCUGGUGACAUCAGCAUAUUAUCAGCUGUUACAGAAAGUAUGAAUGAAUAAACCACCGAGUAAGCGAAGCGAGGCCAAACAUCUAUACACUUCAUUACCCUAUCUAGAUAUGGAUUUUUUUUUAUAUUGGAGCAAAUAAAGCGACAAUCCUAUAUUAUUUUUGAAAACUCACAGCAUUAUAUUAAAGGCUUUUCCAAACUCUGUGUGAAUUAAACUGUUGAAUAUAUUCUAUCAUACAAAAUGCACUGAUGUACUAGUAUUCACCAGUCAAUGUGCAUUAGGUAAUAAAGUGCCGUGUGCGGACACGGAGUCAGUUAACGAAAAAGAAAAGAAUAUGCCACAUUAGUCUAUGCUUCAUGCAUGCCAGUCUAUGCGUCUGCUAUAUCAGUCUAUGGUAUAUUAGUCUAACCUACAUCAGUCUACACAUGUACUACAUCAGGCUAUGCUAUAUCAGUCUAUGCUAUAUCA